AUGGGUGGUGAUUAUGUUCCCAUAUUAGUCUUACUGUGUUUUUUGUUUAGACCUUGCUACCCCACCUUGGUUGAAUCAAUAGACAUGGAUGGAAAUCUACAGAAGAAUGAGAAGAACAACACUCUUUUAAGUCCUAAAAGUUUUCAGUUUCCAUGGAGAGCUGAUUUCACGGAUGAGGGGAGUAAUAUUAUUUCUCAUUAUGCAAUGUGGCACACAAUGCCAGGACAAUUCUAUGGCCUUCGAGCUGAAAUGAGUAUAUGGGCUUCACCAAAUAUUGAAAACUCUCAAGAAUCUGGAGCAUCCAUACAGAUCUAUUUUCAAGAUCGAGGACACUACAGCUUAAUUCAAGCCGGCUUCCACAUUUCGCCCUCUUUGUACCAUAACAGAGAUAUCCCCUUCUUUACAUAUUGGACCAAGGACUCGAGAUCAAAGGGGUGCUACAACUUACAAUGCGGAGGAUUUGUUCCUGCGAGUGGAGCUAAGCUAGUGCCGGGACAAGCCAUUGCUCCUCCAUCAAUUUAUGGCAUACAAGAUCACUACAUCAGGCUUAGCCUCAACAAGGAUCCAAAUUCUGGAGAUUGGGUGGUGUACCGUCAUGAUUUAGAAACACCAUCAUUCUUGGGACAUUUUCCAAAGGAGCUUUGCCCUGAAACACCACAUAUACAAGCAUUGACUGGAUUCGUGAAUUACUUAAAGAAUGCACAUGGUCCACCAAUGGGUAGUGGACACUUCCCUGAUUAUAAUGAGAAGAAAUCUGCCUACUUCAAUCACAUUAAGAAAUACAACUCAAAGGGUCAAGCUUUUGACCCCCGUUACACUGGGAUGGUCAAGUUAGUUGAUAGGAAAGAUUGUUAUGAUGCAAAUGAUUUAUUUCUCGAAUUUAAGAAGGGUUAUACGUUCAACUAUGGUGGACCAGGUGGUUGUAUUGGUUGA